UCGCAGGCUACUGCGAUCUGUGAGUUCCUGCAACUUACCAGAAAUCAGACGGAUAGUGUGUGUGUAUUGCGCGUGAAAGAUCGGCGAAAAGUUUGUUUCGCGGACUGCAUCUAGUAAUCGUACCGAGCGUCGUAUUUUUAUCGCGGCUUUGCCGGCUAAUUUGCUGAUUUUCGAUCAUUUCUAACAACUUUUUGUGUGUGCGGCGUUGUUUUUGAAGAUGUUAAGAUGACCACUACCACCACUACUAUCCGAAAGUCUUAUGGGAACAGAAAAUUGUACACUUUUCCCGAAGAUUAUCCCGCCAGGUCGCCGAAACAGAAAAGCGGUUCGGUCAACAAUUUGUUGAAGAAAAGUGGCGAGGACGUGAAUAAAUUGAUUAAGUACAUUGACGAUAAUAUCGUAGGGAAGAAUAAUGCAUUUUUAGGGCCCUUUGGAAGGAGGAAAGUUGUCUUUUGUGACUAUGCCGCCUCAGGAAGAUCACUUCAGUUCAUCGAAGAGUACAUUCUACGAGAAGUACUCCCAACAUAUGGCAACACUCAUUUUACAACAAGCAUAUCGUCUUUACAAACCACCUUGUUUAGACAAGAAGCGAGGGAAAUCUUAAGGAACGCCGUUAAUGCCUCAGAGGAUGAAGCGGUCAUUCUUUGUGGCCACGGCUGUACAGAUGCCCUCAACAAAUUAAUUUGGGCUUUGGACAUUAGAGAACCACCUGUGAUCUUUACCGGACCUAGCGAGCACCAUGACAAUUUAAAUAUGUGGCAAAAAACUGGAGCUAAGAUCGUUCGAAUAGCGGAAACCAAAGAAGGCCUCUUGGACUUUUCGGACCUAGAGAACCAAUUAAGACUGCACCAAAACUGCGGCAGGCAGAUGAUAGGCUGUUUUUCUGUGGCGUCCGGUGUCACAGGAAUCCUUAUCGAUGACGUGGCCUGCACCAUUCUGCUCCAUCAAUACGGAUCGUUGGCCUUUUGGGACUACAAUAUGGCGGCGCCAAGCAUACAGAUCGACAUGAACCCCAGCGUUCAAGGGGUAGAAGAUAAUUUAGCUAAUAAGGAUGCCGUGUACUUCUCAGGGCAUAAAUUCGUUGGUGGAGUACAAACGCCAGGUAUACUCAUAGCCAAAAAAUCCAUCUUCAGGAGACUGAACGCCUGCGAACCUGACGGAUUCUUCGCGUCUAACGAGCACGACAGAGGAUUCGAAUUGCAGGAAGAAGGAAAUUGUGCAGCUGUGGUCGAAUCAAUUAGAUUUGGCCUGAUCAUGCAGUUGAAGGAGACGGUUUCAGUAGCCAAUAUCCAGCAGAGAUUGGAAAAAAUAAAUAAACAAAUGUUGCAACACAUCCGUACCAUUCCAGACAUCAUUCUCCUGGGGAAUCCCAAUCCCAGUCUCAAGCGCAUCUCCAUUUUCUCGUUUAUGGUGCGCCAUCCGCGCGGCACAUUCCUACAUCACAAUUUCGUUUGUGCCGUGUUGAACGACGUGUUCGGCAUCCAGGCACGAGCAGGAUGUCCGUGUUCGGGUAUUUACGCACAGGAACUGCUGGGAAUCGAUCAGAGUCUGGCCGAUCAGUACGAGAACAUUAUUUUGGAGGAUAGGAGACUAUCAAGUCUUAACUUAGGAGUAGAAAACUCGUCGCUGGAAUUACUGAGGCCCGGUUUCACCCGCAUUUGUCUUCCAUAUUUUAUAAACGAUGCGGAACUGGCGUUCGUAAUGGAGGCGGUCAAAAUGGUGGCCACAGAGGGAUGGAAACUGCUUCCACAGUAUAUCGUUGAUCUCGACACAGGAGAAUGGAGACAUCAUACCAAUACCAUACAGAGAGAUAGAAAUAGGCUUUCAGCAGUGAGAUACGUUGAUGGCAAAAUGACAAUGCACGAGCGCAGAAUAUCCGGCCCCGGACUAUUUCCUCAAAGUCACUCCGAGUGCUUACAAACGGCCAGAAACUUAUUCAACAAAGCUCGAAAAACGGCCAACAGAAUUCCUUAUCCGGACCAAGGAAUUGUAUUCGACUCUCGAGGAGAGAAACUCAGGUGGUUUAUGAUGCCGCACGAAGCACAGUCUCUCUUAACUAGCAACGCGCAAAAUGUCAAACAAAAGGUGCCGUUCGCUCCUGGAGCGAGCAAUGGCUCGAAGAAGGGCGAAAAACAUACUGAUGAGCAUCAACAUGUUGUUUCUCAAUCUCACCAUUCUCACAAUUUAUCCAGUGGUGGCUCACCCCGUCAUUACAGUUUACCAUCAAUUGAUGAUCCAAAAGUCCUGACAUGUUCAUCUCCAGUGCCAUAUUUUCUGCAAGACGUCAACGGUUUAUACUAUCCUCAUAUAUCCCAGCCCUCAGUUAAUUUUGCUGUAGGCGAAACAGUCAGCUCGACAAGCUUGCUGCAACAACAAAAUUUUGCCCGAGAUAGGUGUCUAAGUUUGGGCCACCCGAACGUCUCACCUCCUGUUCUGAGCCCUCAAACUCGAGUCAGUUUAGGAAUGGGAGGCUUAAGACAGCGUCAGUUUAGCUACAGCAGUCAAAACGAACUGCACUCGUUGGAUUCGGAAUCCAACUUGUCACCUACACAUAGUCUGAACAUGUUAUCUUCUAGCACAUUGGAUUGUAGUCAGAUUGGUAGGGCAUCGCCGGUACCAGAUCUUCAAACCUACGUAACUGAAAUGACCAAAGAAUUAGCAACGAAUAUUAAAUCUGAAAUAAGAGAAGUUAUCUCGAAGGUGGAGGAUGUUUUGGAGAAUACUGACAGCGACAGGGAUAAUUCGUUCUUCUAUGAAAGGAAUGGUAGUGGUAGCGAGGACGGUAGAAGCGAUUCCAUUUCUUCCAACGCCGUUGCCGAGUACUUGGAAAAAAUCUCGAUCGAGAUGGCCAACGAGGUCAAGUCCGAGAUCCGGGACGUGGUCAGUGCAGUGGACGUUUUUAUCACUCCCGACAACAAUCAGUUAACGUACACCCGAUCUAGCCUCUCCUCCGACCCCAAACUGAUUCCUUUCGAGCACGAAACCAGUCCGGAUGAGAACUACACGCCCGGAAGUAGCAGCGACACCGUUAUCAACCUAAUAAGCUCAUCUUCUAACAAACUGAAAUCAUCGGAGGAAGACCAGCAGGACAGCGGGAAGAACAAAAAUAAAAUCUUGUCUACCUCCACUGCGGCUAGUAUAAGUUCGCAGGAUAGCGGUAUAAACAUGUCCUUCCAAGAGCACGAACAUUUUCCGUCUUGUAGUGUUGGAGAACUUAAGACCAGGAGCAAUUCGGAUUCGAGAUCGGGUCAUCGGAAAUCGGAGUCGGAGAUUAAGUAUUCCACGUUGCAGAAACAUAAACCGCCAAUUCAUAGGGAUAUGAGCGACGAUAGGAAUACGUUGGAACAUCUGGCUGCCCGGAGAUGGAACUGCCCGGAAAAGAAUUUGUGGAAUCCUGUAAUGGACGCGAUAGGCGAAUUUAAAAUGAUUAAAGAUGGUGAUAAAGUGAUGGUGUGUCUCUCUGGCGGUAUAGACUCCUUAAGCCUGCUUCACACGUUACUUCAAUUCCAAAGCCACGUACAGAAAAAGGGAGUAUUGUUUAGCAUCGGAGCGGUUACGGUUGAUCCAGAUGCGUCGGGAUGCGAUCCGUGCGUUCUCAUUCCGCAUUUAAAAACUUUAGGUGUUCAUUACAUUAUUGACGAUAAGAAAAGUGAUCCUGGAGUUCACACAGAAAAACAAGAGGAAGCUAACGAUAAUUUAUAUAGUUUUGGUACUUCUACAUUGAGACAUCGACUAUAUUCGGCUGCCAAAAGUUCCGGAUACAACGUUCUUGCUAUUGGACAACAUUUAGACGAUCUGUGUGAAAAUUUCCUUUUAUCCGUUUUUCACCUAGGGAAAUUAAGAUCGAUGCGAGCUCAUUAUUAUAUUAAGGAACACGACUUAAGGAUAAUAAGGCCAUUAGUGUACGUUAGGGAGAAAACGUUAAGACAAUUUGCCACCAACGAAAACUUGCCAAUAUCAACUUCCGGCCCAAACCUGUCCAAGGAGAGACAAAGGAUAAAGCAGUUGCUGACGCAGCAAGAAAUACUCUUUCCUAGGUUAUUUUUGAGCCUUAAAAAUGCGCUGCAUCCACUAAUAGGUUUCCAAAUCAAAGAGUGCGCAUUGAGAUGCCGAAGACUGUCGAAGACAACUAAAGAGGGCGCUGAAUCAAACGAAGAAACCGAUGAAGAACCGGUAGUUAGUUAAUCUAGUUAUUUUUUUCUCUAAUUGCGUUGACUUAAAGUAAUGACAAAGUACAAAUUGGCUAUUAUUAUUGAUAUUUCGUUCUUAUUUAGAAUUAUCGGUAAAUUUUAGGGAAUCUCUUGUUAUUUUUGUUGAUAUCAAUUCCCUAUUCCGACUUAUUAUUUUUGUUCAAUUUGGUAAAAACGAAAAAAGUAUUGUAUCGUGUGUGUUUGGGCAACAUUCGAAUGAAAAAAAAAUGCUUAAAAUUAUUUGAUUUUAUAGCAAGAAGCAGCUUAAUUUUGGGUGAUCUCAGAUAUGCCGAAGUGUGAUUUUUUAUUUUUUGUUAAAAUUAAUGAUACACAUACUUAUUGAUACAAUAAAACAACAUAGUUGAAACAUAUCUGGCUCUAUCGAUGUGUGUAUAAGGAUGGCUAAAUGUAAAAUUUACGUUAGUACUAUGUGCCAUUUUACAUAAAGAAAUAAUUAGCAAACCAAUUGCAGAAUUAAUUUAUUUUAUUUGUGUGAUAUUUUUGAAAUUUUAUUUGGAAAAGUAUUAUAAUAUCGAAACCAAAGACAAUUUUCGAUUAUUUUUGGUUAGAUUGUGUAGAUGUGACGAGACAUUUUAAAACUCAACGUACUGAAUCAUCUAUUUUAUUAAAUUAGAACUCCAUAUAUAACCAUAUUAGAACUUAUUAAGAAGCUUAAAAUUAUAUAAAUUCUAAAUAUAUUUGUACAGAGUGCUUCAAAAAUAUCUCUAUAUAUAAACGGGAAUAAAUAAACCGAGUUUAAAAGUGGUUGCAAAUUACAGGGAUCAAGAAAACUAAAAUAUUUCUCAGAAAUAUAUAAGCUUUUUGAGGGCAUUCUGUAGUUUAAAGAAACAAAUUCUUGAGAGUAAGAUAAAUAUGUACAGUUAUUAGUUUCUCAUUUUUUGGUAUGCGUUUAUCAACGAUAUUAUACAGGUAACUACAGGGAAAAAGAAAAAGUUUUAGAAGAUGUGUCUUCAAAAUUUUUAAAGUCUUCAAAAUUUUUUCAACAGUGAUUGCAAUACUUAACUAUUCUGAUUCUGCUCGUUAGAUUGCAGGAAAUGAACUUAAGAAAUUCGAAUUAUAUAUCUACUGCGUUAUCAACAGCGUCAAAACAAACAAAAAAUUAAAUAAUAUGAUUGUUUUUUGACAAUAUUUAAAUUUGUUUUUUUACAAUAGUGUGAGGCUAAUUAAAACGAGAAGAAAUAAGUAUAAAUUUAAUCAAUUGAAGGAUUUCUAAUUUUAUUAUUGAAUAAGUAUAUUAAAACAUACCUAUAGCAACUUUUCAAUCAUUGUUGGUGGCUCUGUAUUAGGGUUUCCGGAACCGGAGCUGUUUUUCGGAACCGGAAAUUUCGGUACCGCGCCUCUUAGGAACCGGGAUGCAUUUUUCCGUUUCCUAUACGGCUAGCACAACCGAUUGCGUUAAUCGCAUAGGAAACGGACUCGAGACCAGCAACUCCGUUUACUAAGUGAUUAACGCAACCAAUGCAAAUGAUAUUAUUAUAAUGAGUCAUAAUAUUAUUAUUAUGACAGGUGGACCUAUGGGUGGACCUGCAGAGGUGGUAAAUUUAAUAAAUUUAAAUUAAUAAUGAGGUAUUUUUAUUCUGGAUUCCAAAAAAAAACAACAUAAUUGAGAGAUAAAUCUAAUAGGUAACUUUUAACGUUUUAUAUGCUAAUAUUGGCAAGACAGUUCGGCAACACAGCUUUAAGACGUGGUUGAUAUGUCAAUCUGAUUUUUUUUAAAUAAAUAGUGCGGAGUCGGUGGUUGGUUCCUUGUGAAACAUUGUUGAAAUAUUAGAAUUUUAAUAAAACCCGCUUUUAUAUGUAUCAAAAAAAAAAUUAAAAAGAGUAACUUAGUUAGGCAUUUUUAAGAGUUCUUUAAAAACUAACCGUCUGACUACAUUUUAAGGAUAUAUAAUAUAUUUGAAAUCAAUAAUUGAGUUUACAAUAGAGGUAAUAAAAAAUGUAUUUGGAAAUCCUUGUUGAUCGUUUACAUUAUUAUCGUUUUUAGCUGAUUUUAAUGUUUCUAACUAUUCAAGGUAAUUUAAGCGUCUGCCUUUUGUUUCUCUAUCUAAUAACUUAAUUGAGCUUUCAUUAACUGUGUGACUAUUUAAUAUACAAUGAGUUGCUAAACCGGAACUUCGCUGGAGAUUAUUAAUAGAUUUUAUAUAUUCUUUAAUCCUUAUAUCUAAAUUUCUACCUGUUUGACCUAUACGUACAUGACAUUACAAUUAUAGCAAUCCACCCUAUAUAAAUCAAUGAAAGGAAUUAUUAUGAUUUUCAUUGUUGGAAUAUUAUUUUUGUAACUUUAUUUAUUUGAUUAAUUGUCAAAUUAAAUUGUUUAAAUCUUAAUUCUUAGAGUUUUGUUAUAGUGUAGCGGUUACAAGUAAUAUUGAGUGUCCCAUUUUCUAUGUCCUAAGUGACUAUAAAUAAAGCAUACCUAGAAAGUUCAUUGCAAGCGCUUCUUUGCAUGGGUUGCGAUGAUCACUUAGUAGACGGAGUUGCAGGUCUCGAGUCCGAUUCCUAUGCGAUUAACGCAAUCGGCUGCGCUAGCCGUAUAGGAAACGGAAAAACCGUUCUUUUUUCGGUACUUUCGGUACUAACUAAUUUUUGUUCAGUGGUGGUGCAGUUCAUCAAUCAGAAAGAGCAAGGGAUGGGUUUUCAGUUUUCAAAGUAAAAUGGAUAAGAAAUUGAGAUUUUUAAUGAAAAUAAUAUCAAAUUAUUAAUUAAUCAGUAAUGAAAAUAUUAAAAUGAACACAAAAGAAAAAAUUAUAGGUAACUUAAAUUUCACGUCAAGCAACAUAAACCAAGUUAUAUGAAUUUGAGACAAAAGCCCUAAAAUAUCGAAUUAAAAAUGCAAAUAUCUAUUAAAACAUAACAUAAUAAGUAUUAUAGGAACUUCAAAAGAGAAAAGAAGCAAGAACAAUAAGAAAUAGAACCAUUACUGAUUUAGAAGAGUUUGAUUUAGACUCCUAGAAAGUAUCAAAGAAAUUUUUAAUUAUUGUUACCGAGGCCCGAUUUUGUGAUGGCAAAAAGAUCUGAACCCUAAUUGGUAGUAUUAAUUAGAGUUUCCGGAAUCGUACUAAAAUAUUUUCGUUCAAUGAUUGUGGAGUUCGUCGAUUAGCAAACAAGGGACGGUUCUCAAAAGUAAAACCGAUAAAAAAUUGAGUUUUAAAUGAAAAUAAUAUCAAAUUAUUAAGUCAUGAGAAAAUAAAUAUGAACACACAAAUAAUGAACACAAGCAAAAAAAAAAAGAAAGAAACACAUAGGUGGCUUAAAAAUUACACCAAACAACAUCAACCGACCUCGAAACCAACUUAACAAAA